CGUAAGAGUGUAUGUUUUUAUUAUUUUGAAUUGCAUCCCUAAAGCGGCGAUCUGUAGCAGUUACUCUGUUCCUCCUGGAAAGGAAUAGAAAGCUCAACAACUUCAUUUACCUAAUCAAUUAAAGUACAGAUUUUAUUUAGCGAAUCUCAAUAACAUGGCAUAUGCUUCCACUGCCAGUGAAGAUAUUUUGAAAAUAUAUACCAAAUGUGUGAAUUUUGCCACCAUUAAACAUCGUAAUCAACGCCGUAAAGAUGCCGACGAGACGCCAUAUAUCAAUCAUCCUAUCGGUGUUGCAUUUAUUCUUACCGAAGCCGGUGUGACUGAUUUUGAAGUUCUUCAGGCCGCCAUCCUGCAUGACACGGUCGAAGAUACUGAUACUACGUUCGAGGAAAUUGAACAGCAUUUCGGACCAACUGUAAAAUCGCUUGUGCAGGAGUUAACUGAUGAUAAAUCUUUGCCUAAACAAGAGCGGAAACGAUUGCAGAUUGAACAUGCACUAACUAUGAGCCAUCAGGCAAAGUUAGUGAAGCUCGCAGACAAAAUCUAUAACCUUCGUGAUCUGCAACGAUGUAAACCUGUGGGUUGGACUGAUGAUCGCUGUCGCGAAUAUUUCUGCUGGGCAAAGAAAGUUUGCGAUAAUCUUAAAGGAACAUACGAGCCACUAGAAUCGAUUGUGAAUGAUAUAUUUAGACAGGAGCAUGUCGAUUGA